AUGACGGCGCAACCUGUAGCAGCAGCUCCAGCAUGGAAGUUCUCGUUCUUCGAUGCCGCACCAGUGAAGGAUGUCCAUGACCUGGGAAGCUCUCCUGAAAUAUUCAGGAAAGCCCCAGAGAUCUCUGCGGUUAUUUCGACCACUGUAGGCUCCCUCGUUGCAGACAUCCAUGGAAGCGUGUACCAGCUCAACCGUGACUUUGAGACCACGAGGAGUUGGCUAGCGCACACCGGCGGACGCGUGACGCACAUGGCCGAGCGGAAGAGCAUUCUCAUCACGCUAGGUGAGGAGGACUCGGCGCGCCAUCCAUUCCUGAAGGUAUGGGAUCUCGAGAAUGCGGAUAAGACUGGUGCGCCCACCCUCCUGCGCUCUACGAAAGUUCAGAGUGGUAACCGCCCUCAUCCCGUGUCUACCAUAGCGCUUUCGGCUGCUCUUUCAUUUCUGGCAAUUGGUCUAGGUGACGGGACUGUACUACUCUACCGUCAUCUCGACCAAUCCAUUUUCUCUGGAUCAACCUCACUCACCUCCCUCCCGAAACCGCGCGUCAUCCACGAGUCGCCCGCGGAACCUAUUACGGGGCUCGGGUUUAAGGAGCCAGACGAGGACAACCCGAAUGUGUACCUCUUCAUCGUCACCACGAACCACGUGCUCACAUACCAGGCAUCGGGAAAGGGCAGCGGAAGUGCGCCAGCGGUAGUGGACGAGGUCGGGUGUGGGCUUGGCUGCGCGACGAUGGACUGGCGCGCCAAGAACAUGGUCGUGGCAAGGGAUGAGGCCAUCUAUGUCUGCGGUAUUGAAGGGCGCGGGGCGUGCUAUGCAUAUGAAGGAUCGAAGUCGCUGGUUCAUACACACCUAAACUACAUGGUCAUCGUCACGCCACCAUUCGUACCCACUGCGUCUGCUGCUUCUGGGACUGUACGGGAUUUUGUCGCGAAAAGCAGCGCGGGAAGUGUUCCUAAGGCAGACAUCACAAAAGUCACUAUCUUCGAUCUGGAGAACCACUUCGUGGCAUACUCUGGAACGUUCACCGAAGGAGUGCGUGCAGUGAUUUCAGCAUGGAAGAAGAUCUAUGUACUCUCGAAUGACGGGAAGCUUUCGUGCCUUGAGGAAAUUCCGACAUCUGCGAAGUUGGAUAUGCUCUACCGCAAGUCGCUGUACCAUCUGGCGCUGAAUCUUGCGGAGACGCAGCACCUGGACCAGGCGAGCGUCGCGGACAUACACCGGCAAUUCGGCGACCAUCUAUAUACGAAGGGCGACUAUGACGGCGCGAUGCAACAAUUCGUCAAGACGAUCGGGAACGUCCAGCCGAGCUACGUCAUCCGUAAGUUCCUGGAUGCCCAGCGAAUACACAACCUCGUAACGUACCUGCAGGAGCUGCAUGCUCUUGGACUUGCGAACUCAGACCACACCACCCUGUUGUUGAACACAUACACGAAGCUCAAAGACGUCUCGCGCCUAGACAGCUUCAUCAAGCGCGAGGCACGCCGAGCUUCGGAUGGUGGGAAGGACGAACUUCCGUUCGAUCUCGAUACCGCUAUUCGGGUAUGCCGUCAGGCGGGCUACUUCGAACACGCAUCAUAUCUGGCGAAGAAGUAUGAACGCCACGAGGAUUAUCUGCGGAUACAAAUUGAAGACGCAGGGAAUUACAAGGAUGCGCUCAUGUAUCUCCGACGACUCGGCACGGAAGCGGCAGAAGCGAAUCUGGCACGGUACGGCCGGGCCAUGCUGGAUAGUCUCCCCGAAGAGACUACCCAGCUCCUCAUGGACAUCUGCACGAGCCUCGCUCCACUUUCCAUAGAGGCAGAAGAGCAACAAUCCCCUGCAACUCGCCAGCCCAGUGCAGCUGCUCCCUCGUAUCUCUCAUAUCUUGCCAUAAAUCGUGGCGCACCAUCCGCCUCCUCUGAGACCGCCGUUCCGUCGUCAGCCUCCAUGACCACUGUAAGACCGGGUGACCCAAUCCCUCCCUCUCGGCGGGACUCGCUGCACGACGUGUCGCGAGUGUCCACGCCACCGCCGGGAACACCAACAACCGCAACGCCCGCAAAAGCACGCGCAACGAGCGUCAAACGACCGUCCCCUAAGCUCUAUUUUGCGCAUUUUGUCGACCACAGGGACCACUUCGUGCGAUUCCUUGAGACCGUCGCGUUGCGCCGGUGGGGCCAGAGUACUGACGCGCCAGAGGUCGCGGUGGAGGCCGACCCAGAUGCGGACGAGCAGGCGGAGAAGCGCGACCAGACCGCAGUGUGGAACACAUUGCUUGAACUGUACCUUGAGCAAGCGGACGCAAACGCCGAGGCGGAGUCGGGUGGCGGGAAGGUACUGAGUGUGUUGCAAAGUACAGUGCCGUACGAUCCUACGCACGCGCUCAUACUUUGCUCCACGCGCUCGUUCACGCCCGGGCUCGUACUCCUGUGGGAGCGGAUGGGCAUGCACGAAGACGUAUUGCGGUUCUGGAUGGAGCGCGCUCGCGAGGGCGCCCCGGGGGCAUCGGCAGAGGUUGUGCACCGUCUCGACACGUAUGGCGAGGCACGGCCACAGCUGUAUGCGCUCGUGCUACGCUUCCUGACGUCCACACAAGAGCUGCUUGCUGCGCACUCCGCGGACGUCCAGCGGAUAUUGCGACAUGUGGACGAGGCGCACAUCAUGCACCCGCUCGGCGUUGUACAGGUGCUGAGCAGGAACGGCGUGACAAGCGUCGGGCUUGUGAAGCAGUGGCUGAUCGAGCGUAUCACACAAGGGCGGGACGAGGUCCAAAUGGACCAGCAACUCAUUAGCUCGUACAGAUCAGAGACACAGGCAAAGCUGAAACAGGUCGAGGAGCUUUCAGACCCAGACCGGCCUCGCGUCUUCCAUGUUACCCAAUGUUCCGCAUGCGGCGGGCAGCUCGACCUUCCGAGCGUGCACUUUAUGUGCAACCAUAGCUAUCACCAACGGUGUCUCCCUGAGCAAGACACUGAAUGUCCGAAUUGUGCACGGGCGCAUGCACUGGUGCGCGAGAUUCGCCGUAACAACGCGCGCCUCGCUGGCCAGCACGAGCUGUUCCUUUCAGAAGUGCGCGAGGGUGGAUUCGCUUCGCUAGCCGCCGGAUUUGCUCGGGGUUCAAUGAACGUGGCGGCGUUGGAUGAUGUGGAUGCUCUGGCAUAG